GCAGUCGCCUGGUCGCCGCGGAGCACGCCGGUCCUCGCGCGAGUCCACAGUCGUCUCCUCGACCCGGGUAUCCACCCUGAGGGUGCGCCGGUACUCGGUUCAUUUCCCGGCGAGCCUCCGCGAGGGAGGAUGUCGACACCGGCCGUGUCCGGCAGCGCGCUGGGGGUUCCCCUCACGUCGUGAGCGACGGGGCCGAGUGCUAGGACCUGGUGCCUGUCGCUGACAACUGACCACGCACGCGUCCCCGAUGGCGAAGGGAGGCAAAGUGAACAAGAAGCCAGAGGCGAUCACCGUCUCCAUGGACCACAAAGACAAGCGGAACGGGUCGUGGGACUCCAAGCUGUCGUCGAGCACCGCCAGCACGCGCCACCUGGCGCGCUCCGACACGCCGUCCUCCAUCUUGUCGUGCGACAGCGACAUCCGCUUCACCCGCAAGCUGGGCGGCCAGUACCGCUGCGGCUGCUACAUCGUCACCGCCUUCCUCAUGUUCCUGCUGGUCUCCGCCACCGGCAUCUACCUCGGCUACUCGUUCCUGGCGGCGGAGGCGCCGGCGGGGCAGGUGUUCCAGGCCGUGCUGCGCGUGCUCGAGGGGGACAGCUUCCAGCUGCGUCUCGCCGACCCCUCGACGCAGCAGUUCCGGCGGCGCGCGCGCGACUACCGCGAGCGGCUCAACCUGCUGUUCCGGCGCAGCGACCUGCGCGUGGCCUUCGACCGCGCCGAGGUGCUGGCGCUCGACGGCGUGGAGGGGAAACACCUGGUGGUCCACUUCAACCUGCACUUCAACCCCUACUGGUACGAGAUACAGCCGAGCCACAUCGCCAGCAUCCUGCUGCGGGAGGCGACCGCCGAGUCGCCGGUCUACUUCGCCAACCUCACCAUCGACCCGGACAGCAUCGACGUCAGAGAGAGCACCGCGGAGGUGACGACGGCGGCGGCGACCUCGGAGGCCACCACGCCGGGGCUGACCACGGCGUCCCCGCCCCCCAGGAGGUGCGGGCCCCUGCAGCUGGAGUACUGCUCGCGGCUGGCCUACAACACCACCUCCUACCCCAACAAGCUGGGCCACCGCUCCGUGCAGGAGGUGCGCGACGACGUCAUCGCGUUCAGGGAGCUGGUGGACGCGGAGUGCUACCGGCUGGCCUACGAGUUCGUGUGCCAGCUGCUGCAGCCCGGGUGCGUGGCGCGCGGAGCGGGGGAGGCGGGGGACCGCGCCGUGCUGCCAUGCCGCGAGUUCUGCCGGGAGUUCCACCGCGGCUGCGGCGGCCGCCUGCCCGAGCGCUUCCGGGCGCCGCUGGACUGCGACUCCUUCCCGCGCUACUCGGGCCCCGGCUCGUGCAGCCCCAAGCCAGGCUGCGUGCGGGACCUGCAGGACAGGGGCCUGUCGCCGCGAGUGUGCGACGGCGUGGUGGACUGCCCCGACCUCUCGGACGAGACCGGCUGCUCGUACUGCGCGCCCGGACACCUGCACUGCGGCGCGGGGCGCGCCUGCGUGGCGCCCGAGAGGCGCUGCGACGGCCGGCCCGACUGCCCCGACGCCAGCGACGAGCGUCACUGCCUGGUGCUGUCGCCCAGCCUGGGGGCGGUGACGGCCGCCCCGUACGUGUCGCGCCACUCCUCGGAGGGCUACGUGGUGUUCAACGAGCACGGCCACUCGGGCAAGGUGUGCACGGAGACUCUGAACAGGACGGUGCCGGCCCCCAGCCACGAGGCGACCCUCGCCACCAUCGCGACCUCGCUCUGCUCGCUGCUCAGCUUCCAGAACGUGACUGUGGUGAAGGUGCGUAAGGACCCAGAGGACGACGUGAAGUACGUGCACAUGGAGGACCCCAUGGCGGCCUACAUCACCUUCGUCAGGGGCCAGUGCCCCUCCAAGGAGGUGCUCUACAUUGGCUGCUCUGACCUGCGGUGCGGCCUGCAGUCAGCCAGGGUCGGCUCGGGCGUGCAAGGGCUGGGCAAGGCAGCCGUGCACGGCGACUGGCCGUGGCACGCGGCCCUACUCAAGGACGACGUGCACGUCUGCGACGCCACUUUGGUUGCCCCUCAGUGGCUCAUCACCACCGCGUCCUGCUUCCAGGGGCAGCCGAAGGCACGCUGGGUGGCGCGCCUCGGCAUGGUGCGGCUGGCGGGCGGUGCUCCCUGGCAGCAGGAGCGUGCCGUGGUCGGCAUGGUCAAGUCGCCCGUCGAAGGCAGCACCGUCGCCAUGGUGAAGCUGGAGGGCCCCGUCGCGCCGUCCGACUUCGUGAGGCCGGUGUGCCUCCCCCAGGAGACAGAGUCGCUGCCCCCGCCCCACGCCGCCCUCUGCAACACUCUCAGCUGGGCCCGCAACAAGGAGCAGCUGCAGAGGAUAGAACUGAAGCCCAGCUCCAUGCAGAGCUGCGAGAACAUCAGCAUCCCCACCGUCAACAGCUUCUGCACCGAGCCGCCCUUCCCCAAGAACGACUGCAGCGAGGAGGAGUUUGCGGGCAGCCCAAUGCUGUGCCUGCAGCCAGGUGGCCAAUCAUGGACGCUGGUGGGCAUCAGCAACUGGAGGAUCGCCUGCUCCAAGGCCGGCGUGGAGCGGCCCCGCAUGUACGACAGGAUCUCCUCCAACAUGGACUGGAUCCUCGACACCAUCAGCGCCGUGUCCUAACUACUGAGGGCAGCCCAAUGCUGUGCCUGCAGCCAGGCGGCCAAUCAUGGACGCUGGUGGGCAUCAGCAACUGGAGGAUCGCCUGCUCCAAGGCCGGCGUGGAGCGGCCCCGCAUGUACGACAGGAUCUCCUCCAACAUGGACUGGAUCCUCGACACCAUCAGCGCCGUGUCCUAACUACUGAGUGCACCAGCAAUUUUUUUUUUCAUUGCUACUGAAGGAUGCGGUUCAAGAUAAUGGGUUAAUUUCCCAGUAACUGAAAGUGACAAUGAUUCAGAAACAUAUUUAUAUAUCAACUCUUAAGUUCUCAGUAAAAUUUUUGAACAUCUAGUUUGUGAAUGUUGAACCUCUCAAGUAGAUGAAUAACUAAAACUAAUAACAGAUCAAUUAUUUUCAGAUAUGUAAAGUGUGAAGAUACCAUAUGCUCCUCAGACAAGCUUCUAGAGUUUUUUGUACCAAUGUAUGACCAGCAAUGAAUUGGUUACCAGGAUGAUGUGAAAAUGAGUGCUGGACUCUUUUUAUGUGGCACUAAUAUGUAAAAAAAUAUGAACAUAAAGGUAUGAAAAACAGUGAUUCCAUUAGAAAUUGAUUUUUUGAUAGCAUUCCUAUGGAUGGACAAGGAAAUGACAAAGCAUAAUUAAUUUUGCCUGGACAAAACUCAUACAACGAUGUACCUAUGUAUGUGAUUCUUGUUUGUGCAACCUGACUGAGAUAAUAACUGUGAUGCAUGUACUUUUGUCACUGUGCUCAUUUCGUGUUUUUUAAAGUGCAAGUGAUAUUCGGAAUAGCUUUAUAUGCCUGAAUCAUAUUUUUAAUAAUGUGUUACUUAAACACUAUUUGCAGAUUUGAAUUAUUUGCUGGAAAAAAAUUAAUUAAAUAGGUACUAAGUUUUAUUCAUAUAGUUCAACAACUAAUAUCUAUAAUGCCAUUAUUAUUUUUUAGCAAAUUAUGACUGAUCCAUUGAAAUUAUUCUCCAUCCCAUGUUUCAAGAACUAUUAAUAAAAACUGUAGGCUUUGGGGUUGAUUUUACAUACUAGUGUUAAUGUCCUCAGUUCAUUUGUUUACAAAGGAUUUAAAAAAUCUAUUGAGAGAUUCCCCUAUGCACUUUUUACUUGGUCACAUGAUUUGUUAGGCUGUAUAAUUUACAUAUGUAGUAGUAUCAAAUCUGAUAUGUAAAUACUUUUUCUUAAACAUUCAUCACUGUUCCGAAUAGCUAUGGCUAGUUCGUUGUAAUUUUCAUGCUUCGCUUACAAUAGUUGAAUAUGUAAAGUAUUUGUUAUGUUUACAAGUAAAUGGCAACAGUAGGCCUACCAAUUUUUUAAUUAUAGUUUUAUACUUUGUUUUUUUUUACCAUAAUUUGUUGUUGACUUUUAAUAAAUAUUAAAUACUGUGGAAA